CCCAUCCGGCCGCUGUAUAUAAACGGCUGGACGGUGGCAGUCCAGAGGUGGGUUGCCGUUCAUAAACGGCGCCCGCCAUUUUGGAUUGUGUUCGCUCCCGAUCGCUGUACAGGACCUCUGUGUGAGGUCCCAAUCAUGUGAUCACUGAUUAGCCAAUCAGUGAUCACAUUGUUGCUUACUACGUGUGAAAUCUGUGAAUGAUCACAGAGAUCACAUGGUACAGGGCCAUUCACAACAGCCUUGUACCAUGUGAGAAGCUGUGACCAAUCACAGCUCACACAG